UCCUCGGCCCCCCAGCUGCUGCGACCCUCCCCGUCCACACUGGGCUAGCACUAGCUCACUCCACUCCCUCUUCCUCCCUGAUCGUUCGCCGAUCGCCUCGCGCGGCCGGGCCCGGGCAUGGCGUACCCCGGCGGGAAGCUCUCGGCCGUCGACGCCAUCCUCGCCGAGGCGGCCGACCUCGUGGCCCUCGAGCAGAUCGCCAGGCUCAACACCGCCCACCUCGCUGAGGACGGCUCCGCGCUCCCUUCCAGCCUCGAGUCCCGCUUCCGCAAGCUCAAGUCCUUCCCCGCCGCGCCGCCGCCCGCCAGGACCCUUGGCCGCAGCGCCACCGCGCCGCCCCACCACCACACCGAUCCCGCCGACCCGCCGCGGCAGGAGCCUCCUCCGCCUGCGCAAGAGCGGCGACCAGAAGACGCCGACAAACCCCGGGAGGAGGAGAAGGAGAAAGAGAACUCCUCGCCGCCGCAUGCUCAUCCUCCACCAGCCAUGACCGUUCCGCCGCCGCCGGCGGCGGUCCAAGACGAUGAGGACCUAGAGAAGCUGUUCCGGCCAGGGCGCGGCCGGCCGAUGCUGAGGGAGCGGAACAGGGGGAGAGACGGCGACUCCCCCUCGCCGCCGCGUCAGGCGUGCUGCUUCGGCUUCUCCCCCAAGAAGACACUGCAGAGGACUCCGACCAGGAGCGGCAGGAAGAGCCACGCCGGCGUCAGAGCCGCCGCCGACGACAUCCUUGGGAUCGGCGACGCCGGCGAGUGGGGCGACGAGAACAAGAGGAUGGUCACCGAGCUCAAGCAGCAGCAGCGCAAGCUCAAGAAGGCGCUCGAGGAGCAGGUUAAGGUCAGCAGGGAGACGGCCAAGAUGGCGCAGUGGGUGAAGCAGGCGUCCGCGCGCAUGACGCAUACCGCUGCCAUUGACGACCUGCUCAGCGACUGUGACGAUGAAGACGACCUCAAGUGAUCAAAACUAGUAUUUCCAUGGCUUCUGCAUUAUCUAUGUUUCAAAAUGUUAAUUUGGUUACACUAUAGAGUAAUAUAAAUUAGAGACAUCAGGGAAAAGGAUACAAAUCCUAGUACUGUUUUCUAUUUUGCAUGAGAUAAACUUAAAAAGAUGUAUGAAUCAAUGAAUGGAAUAUGUAAUGACGUCAGAAGUAGUAGAAAUGAAGGAGUUCUUGU